AUGAUAGGAUUAAACAAAUUUUGUCUUAGUCAACUUAUUACCAUAACAACCGCAUUUACACCUGCUAGUCGUAUUUACCAAGGCAGCGUCAUUAUUGAAAAUAAAAUAUACUUCCUAGGUGGUUUAAAUAUUCCAAAUGUUGGCACUAGUGAUUUAUUUUAUUUAGAUAUUUCAUCCCCGUUUAAUUCUGAAAAUCUUAAGUGGACAAGUCUUACACCUAUUCCUGUUAAGAGUGCGUUCGCGCCUUCUUGCUUUGGUGGUAGUAAUAAUUCUACCAUCUUUUUAUUUGAACAUCGUAGGACAGAUAAUGUUGAUUCAUUUACUUUAGUGACAUUUACCUUUGAUAUAGUAAAUCAAAAAUGGAAUGCACCACAAACGUUAGGGAAUGCACCACCUUCAAGACAGAAUAUGGUUGCGGUUGUUGAUAAGAAUGGCUCAAUAUAUAUUAAUGAUUUUCCGAAUGGAACGAUAGAUUAUUCGCUUGCAGAAAUUGGUAUGGACAAAAUUUCAGUUUAUAAUACGACUUCUGGAACUUGGUCUUUGAAGACAGCGGUUGGUGGCGUCGCAAUUGGGACACGCGUAUCUCAUACUGCCGUUUUAAGCAAUGAUUCUACUAUUAUUAUUUAUGGUGGUGCUUCUAAUAAUUUUACAAAAAACCCAUAUCCGUCUUUGGCUGCAUUAGAUACGAGUGUUGAACCUUACAAGUGGUCCGAAAUAAAUUCUGGUUUUGAUUUGGCAACUGCUCCUAAUAAUGAUGUUUACAUAUUAGACACUUCAAAUUAUACAUGGGUUAAAUCUUUCGAUUUAAAUCCAUCAAGUUACUCAUCAAGUUACUCAUCAAAUGACUUCGAUAAAAUUCCAUUAAUUGCUGGUCUUAGUAGUGGCUUACUUGCAUUAAUUAUUAUUGCAAGCAUCAUAGGUUGUUUUUGUUAUAGAAAACACCAUAAUUAUAUUCCUACUCCAGGUACAAAUAUUGAUGAUAAGUAUAUUGCUACUCCAGGCACAAAUAUAGAGGAUCGUAAUUAUAUUCCUACUCCAGGAACAGAUACUCGCGAACGUAAUUAG